UUAUUUUCCUUUGCUAUAGUUACAAGUGGGAGAUUCCAUUUACAUUUACUACCAGUAGAGAGAUGAAUUUCAAUAAGACUAACAAAGAUAUACAUUGGAUUCACAAAAACGAAUCAGAAGUCCAAAUUUCCUCAUCUGUGCUACCUAGGAAACAUAAUUCAACAGACUGGGUUAUUGGUAAUAUAAGGCUUAUAAAUUAUUAUCGAGUGACCUAUGACAAUGAUAAUUGGAUGGCGAUUAUCGAGCAACUGAAGAGAGACCACACAGUCAUUCAUAUAUCCAACCGUAUCCAGAUAUUUUGGGAUUCAUGGGCCUUAGCAAAUUCCGGACACCUCGAUACACUUAUAGCUCUUCGUACACUGGAAUAUCUGAAAAAGGAGAAAGCUUACUUAGUGUGGUCAACAGCUCGCAAUGGAUUAUCGCUACUGAAAAGAAUGCUAUACAAAACACCAAGAUAUGGUGAUUUCCAGAGAUUUAUUCGGAACCUUGUAAAGGAUUUAUACAAAGACCUUGGCUGGAAUAAUACACAAAGCAAUAACAAUAAUCAUAACCAGUCACUUCGCUUACUUAUCGUCGCCAUGGCUUGUGAUAAUGAACUAAAGGAAUGUAAAGAUGCAGCUCUUUCCUAUUUUCAACAAUGGGUAGACACAGGAAAUAUUGGUUUGGAACUUGAACUGAAUUCUAUAAUUUACUGCAUCGGUGUCCGUUAUGGAGACGAAGAUGAAUGGAAUUUUGUUUAUAACAAAUACAAAACAUCUACAGUGGUCAUUGAAAAAUCAUCAAUCUUAAAUGCACUUUCCUGUACCAGACAUCCAUGGCUACUCAACAAGUAUUUGAAAAUCUCAAUGAAUCCAGAAAAAAUUCGUUACCAAGAUGUCAGCACUGUUUUAAGUGGUAUAUCAAGUAAUCCUAUUGGAGAAAAGAUUGUCUGGGAUUUUAUUCGAUCAAACUGGGAUGAACUUGCUACAAAGUUUGCAGAUCAAAACUUGCCCUGGUCUACAUUCCGUGGAAUAUCAAAAAAGUUUAAUGAUGAAUUUGGAUUAAAAGAGGUGAAAUAUUGGAUGACAAAAGACCAAUAUGUCAAUAAAUACAGAGAUCAGUAUGAAGAGGUUAUUUCAUACAUUAAAUCGAACAUUAAAUUGAUGGAUGAGAACUAUAAGAGAGUAUCUGAUUGGUUGGACCAUCAGGCAAUAUAAACGUGCCAGAGUGAUUGGUCAAUUACACAAACAGACCAUGAAAAGAAAAUUCUAUAAUAACAUAUCAACAAUAAUAAUUAUCAAAAAAAAAAGAGAAAAACAUUGUGGUCAAUUUUUACAAUUAUUAUUUUUUUUGUUGCAUUAUAUACUUUAUUAUAAUCUUGCAUUUCCUUUUUUUUUUUUUCCUGUCACAAUUUUGAAAAAUUAUGUGAGAAAAUAUUUUCUAAGAUGCUUCCUGCAAAAAAAAAAAAAGAAAAACAUCCAAUCAUUUUAAUGGUUUCAAUAACUAUUUGGAAUACGAUGUUGGUCUUGAGAGAAGAACUUGUAAAUUUACCAUAGGAAUCAUCUGUAAAUUUGCUAUUUUCAAUAGAAGUUUAGAAACAUUUUUAUAAGAAAUGAGUUCAUAUAGGUUAUAUAUGUAC